CCCUAACCUCCUCCAGACUACCAGACUCUGCCAUGUGUCACAUCAGCUGCUCCUCAGGCUGCCAGCCAUCCUACUGCGUGUCCAGCCCCUGCCAGCCAUCCUGCUGCAGGCCUGCUGUGUGUGUCCCCGUGAGAUACCAGGUGGCCUACUGUGUGCCCGUGAGCUGCAGGCCCACUGUGUGCAUGGCCCCCUCAUGCCAGUCCUCCGUGUGUGUGCCUGUGAGCUGCAGGCCUGUCUGUGUGACCUCCUCCUGCCAGUCAUCCGGGUGCUGCCGGCCUUCCUGCCCCACCCUGGUCUGCAGGCCUGUCACCUGUGGCACUUCCUCCUGCUGCUGAGCAGUGUCUCCACCCAGCCGCUGCCGGUUAAAUGGAUGCUUUGUCCUAUGCCGUCCCACAGCUGACCAUGGAUUCAACACUGGGAAACACGCCCACUGCACCCUGACACUGGGGGCAGAAUGCAGAAGGAACCAGAUCCCCGUGCCCUGUGCUUCCCUGAAGGGUGUCCCGGACGCAAGUUCUUCUCUAACCCAUGUGCCCAAUAAAGCAGUUUUCAAGUCAGCUGAGCAUGUCUGUCCUGCUUCCUGACUGUCUUGGUAAUCAGAAAGGACUUAAGGCCAGUGCUUGCUCUGUUUUGGCCUCACUUGGCUCAGGAGAUAGAUGUAGGUGGAGGACAGGUCCCUGCUGCAGCCCAGGAGAAGGUAGUCCCUGCCACAGACUCACUGUCUCUCAUGGGUCCAUCCUCUGCUCUCCCUUUCCUGUCUGCCCAUGGUGGGGGAUGCAUGGGCAGUGGGUGCUCAGAUUAGCCCUGGUUAGUUCUCUCGGGUGCCAUCCUGUAUGCUGAGUCCCAGUGACUACGGUCACCUACAGGGUCCUUCUCAAAUGUCUCAAUCUUAGUUAUACAAUGUGACUUAUCCCUAACCCCUUCUCUUCAGUGAGUGGUUCACACAUGACUGUCUUCAGUUGCCUGGUGACCUACUAUUAUAUAAUAAAUAUACACACAUGGGUGCUGGAGCGGUGGCUCAGAGGUUAAGAGCACUGGCUGCUCUUCCAGAGGUCCUGAGUUCGGUUCCCAGCAACCACAUGGUGGCUGACAACCACCUAUAAUGAGAUCUGGUGCCCUCUUCUGGCAUGAAGGUGUACAUGCAGGCAGAACAUUGUCUUCGUAAUAAAUAAGUCUUUAAGAAAAACCAUAAUAAACACACAUCGCUUUCAACUUAGAAGCUAGGAAGCAUCGUUAUGUUCUGCUGACUUGUAGUGGCAGUGCUGUCAUUUGACUGUGGGCAUCCCUCAUCCGUCAACGGAUAGAGUUGAAUCUGUGCUCCAGGUGCCUCUGACAUGUGCUUUCAUGUUCAAGUCUUUGCCAGUGGUGUCUAAACCGGGGUUUACUUCCUCUGUGAGGCACUGGUGACAGUCUCCUGUUUCCGGUGGGCAUCCUUAUCCGUGGCCUCAUGUAGACCGUGGUCACGUGGAGCCUCCCAGGGAGGGCCAUGCCUUCGGCUGGUAGGGUCUGCUGCGCCUGAGGCUCUGUCCUACUCCGUCCCUCCCAGAGCUCUCGCUGCUGGCUAUGUGGGAUGAUAGCUGUUUCCUUUAGCUUGUGGGUUGGUGACAAGAAGCAAGCAGGAAAAAAAAUUGGUUUUUGAAACAACAGCCAAGACCAGUGUGUGCUUUAAAUUGCGGCUUUAUGAAACUGAACCAGAAAUGAAACACGAUGUUAGGGAUCCAGUGUCCUGGAUGAGCACAGGCAUUUACACAUACCAUCCUUUCAACACAUACAUGCACAUGCACACGCACAUGUGAAUGGAAUACCCACACUCCCAUGCACACAAACACAUGCGUAGGGUCAUCUAUACAUCUGCUCAAGCAGAACUUCUUGUACAUACAUGCAGUCAUGUACUCCUAUAGCUCCAGAUACACGUGUGUGCACUCACAGACCUCCCCCCACCCCCGAGCCCUCAUGCCCUAUAUGCUCACACACAUGGGCAUUCACCUCCUCUCAGGCAGGUGAAUCUGUAUUCAGACAUGAAGGGUUCAGGGCCUCUGAGACCCUCCGCCUGCUCAGAGUGCAGGGCGGAGAUCUCAUUCAUCAGCUCUUCUUUCCCAGCGCAGACCCAUAGGCCUCUUCCAUAUUGUGUUGUGACAGAAGCGCCUCCCCUAAAGGACAGUUUCUAGGCAACAGGAUAAAGCAGGCAGGGUUUUGAGACCCAGACACAUGCACUCAUUGAGGAAAAGGUCCAGACAGGGAGGAUAGCUUUUUUUUAGAGUGAGGAAGAGAAGGCAAAAGAACAGCCAAUGUGGCCUUGAAUUGUCUGAGCAGUGCCUGUGGGAUUUGAGGGACAUGAUAGGAAUGGUCAGGAUCCAGUAGGGGGCACUACAGCAGCUGCAACCUGUAGAGCCUGCUGGCAGGAGCUUGGCAGCAGCGGGUCACCUAUCCUGCCAUAGAGGCUGCCCCACGGGAGGUUUGGCCACAGGAGCGGGAGGCAGCCAGGGUUGACGCUAGGUGGAUAAAUACUUCUUUGCCUCCCUCUUCACUUCUAAUGACCUUACUGUCCCAUUUGGAUAGGAGAAUGUCAUUACCUCAGUGGCCCUCAGUGGAAUAUGCAGUGACCCUGGGUUCAUGUAUGUUGCUCCUGAGCCUUAGCCUGGCACACAGCAGUGCCAACUUGCCCUGGGGCUUCUUGAGCCCUGCCCUAGCACCAUGGAGGUUAUGACUUGUGCAUUGGGCCUCUGAAGGGCCCUGAGGCUGAGUUUCUGCUGCGGCCCUUCUCCCACCCAGCCUUCAUCCCAAGGGCUUUAUUCCCCACAGUGUUCUUCAUCCAGACAGCUCACAUCCUUCCGUCAGGUGGACACACACUCAGGCACAUGUAUGCACAUGACACAGGAGCUCUCCCGGAUCUUGACAUGGUUCCUAACUGACCAGGAGGAAUUGGUGUGACGCUCUAUAAAGACAGGAGUAUUAGCACAGGGACCACUGGCCAAACCAGGACACCUCCAUCUGUGAUGGGAGCCAAUGCAUAUCACUGAUGGGGGGUGGGGGGAAGGAAGCAGUGCAAGGAAAGGGAAAGAAAGAUUCAAUAAGGUUAAAUAAAUGAAGGAAAAAGAAAAAAGGAGAAAACUAUUAAGAUGAAAGAGAGAGAAAAUGUCAGAAGAAAAAUCAAAUUUACACAAUAAAGAAAUGAUACUUAAAGCUAGAUACAUAUAAGCAGAGGAAUAAAAAUGAGAGAAUAAAAACUGCUUGAGAACAUUCAGCUUUGUCUCAUAUAUGUUUAAAGCUAAGCAUGCCCUGUGGGUCUGAGGCUGGGUGGGAAUCCGUAUCAAAACAGAAUCAUCCAUUCUACUUUCCUUGUGUCUUGGGACACGGGCCCCCUUGGGAUCAACUGACUUUGAAGUUUUGAGGUUUUACUCUGUGCUACCCAGGGCUGAGGACUGUCACAUCUUCUUGGAGGACUGAAAAGCCUAGAUCUUCUGUUGGGGUUGAGGUAGAUUUAGAAGGUUCCCCCAGAAGUCCAUGAGGCCGGCUAGCCCCCUGCCCAGAGUUCUUUAUUAAAAAUAAUGUUUCCUACGUUUACAGGUAUUUUUAUCUUAACCAAAUCUCAUGGGAGCUUUUUGGUCCAGAUUUGCUGGGUGUAUUUUCCAUAACAUUUUAUGUUCAACAUUUCUAUUCUUUAUGCUUUAGAACCAAGGCUUGACAAACCGUUCUAUAAAUUCCCAUUUAGUAAAUAUAUUAACAUCCUGGGUUCUGUCUGGGCUCUGUCACAAACACUCAUCCCUGCUACUGAAGCACCAAACAGUGCAAGGCAACCUGUGGACAAGAAGCCAAUAAAAGUUUAUUAAAAGACAGGCAAAGGGCCAAAUUAGGCCCAAGAUAGCAUGAAGCAGGAUUCGAAGCAAGUAAACAGAAACAAUCUCUGUCUUUUACCUGGAGGGUCUAAUCUAUUUAUGUUUAUUGUAAUCGCUGAUGCAUUUGAACUUACUUCUGAUUUCCUUUGCUAUGUUAUUCUACACUCCCCUCAAAAACUGCAUUUUAGUAUGUGUGUGUAUGCAUGUGUGCAUGUGCUGUGUCUGUGCGAUGUAUGUGUGUGUGCUUGAAUGUGUGUGUGCACAUGUGUGUGUGCAUGUGUGUAUGUGCAUGCUAUGACACAUGUGUAGAUCAGAGGACAACUUACAGAGUUGGUUCUCUUCUACCACGUGAGUCCCAGGGAUUGAAUUCAGAUUGUCAGGCUUGGUGGCAAGCUCUUUUCUUCAAUAUUCUUCCAUAUGGCCAGCCCUCUACACUUACUGUAAAACCCUUUUCCACUUGCAUUUGCUUGGAUGCCACUUUUUUCUAAUUCCAUUUUCUUUCUCGGGUCAGAAUCUCACGGGUAUUCAUUCCUUCUGACGAGCUGUGAGAUUUCAGCUGGAGCCUCUGGGUGAUCUGGGCAGAUGCACCCCUGUCCUCCUUGAGAAGGAGGGUGCUUCCACGCGCCUGCAGUGUUUGUCCAGGGCUCUCAUGUUACCCAUCUGUUGCCUGACUCUGAAGCCUCCAUUCUUUGGGCCCCUGAAAUCUUCCUGAAUGUUGUUCUCUCCACAUCUCAGGAGAUGUCUGUGGAGUUUCUUUCGGUGUACUUGUCACUGGCAGAGGCCUUUUCUCUCUGCUAAAGGAAGUGGGGGUUUCUGGGAGCACAGUCUGUGUUCUGGUGGUUGUACAUCACUUUCCAAGUUCUACUCGCUGCCUUCUCUCGUUCUCUCGCUGGUGCCAGCUCCGUCCACGUCCUCUUAGGACAAGCAUGUCCCCUGACUGCUUUGAGCACCUUCCUCUCCGGAGCGUUCUUAAAUUUCACUGAGCACUUCCUGCAGCACCCCCCCCCUCGUGUGGCUCCCAGUUUUUCUCCUUCACAUCAUCUCUGAUGGUGUGUGUCUAUGGAGAGUGAAGUGUCUGUCUCUAUCAUUUCACUUUUGAGGAAUGCCUUCAGUUUCACGGGGUGGGCUGGCUUCUCCUUCAGUAGUCAGUGCGCAUGUUUCUCUUAUCAGCUGUCUGAUACACUCCUUGCCUUCACUUCUGUGUUCAUAGCAUGUGGUUUAAUCUUCCUCAUAACUUUUGGCUCCCAACAGUCGCCUGUUGAACAAAAUGUAUCUAGCCAUGUUUUAUUUAUUUAUUUUUUGGUUUGAGGGAUGUAGCCUAUUUGGGGUUAUUCUGGCAUGCUGUCCUCUAAGGGUGACACAGCAGUUGCCAUCUUGGAACUGGAGCAGCUGUGAUAACCUGUGGGAGACCCCAACAAGACUGGAUCUGUUAAAGUUCCCUGGGGAACAGUGAGGGACUCCUGGGAUGUUGCAGGAGAUGACUCCUGUCUCUGAGGCUGUAUAAGCUGUAAACUAUUGCUUAGAGGAGACUUUCCAGAAGUGUUGCUACCCAUUGGCUGUCUCUGCUCCUGUAGGUAACCCCACUAAAUGCCCUUGGCUGGACUGGGCAAAACAAUUUCUUUGGUUUGUCAUCAGGGUCCUGCCCAAGGACAAGUAGAUAUUUAUAUCUCCCAAGAAAAGUCAAACAGGAGGGGAUCUUUUUUAUUUUUGUGGAACUUUUCUUAGAUGUUAUUUGUUUCUUCUGUUUAGCUCCUCCUCCCCUCUUUGUUUCUCUCUGCUACCCUCUUCCUUCCUCCUCCUUCUCUCCUCUUCCCUUCCCUCAUCUUCUUUCUCUCCCUUUUCUCCUCCCUCUCUCCUCACUUCCUAUCUUCCUUCCCCUUCUAUCCUUUCUCCUCUCUCACUCAUCAUCUCUUCUCCUCUUCUCUCUCCCUCCUCCUUUCCUUUCCUCUCCUCUUUUCCCCUCCUGUCCUUUUACUUCCCUCCCUUCCCAUGCUCCCUCCAUCCUCCCCUCCAUUUCUUCUCCUCUCCUUCCUAUCUCUCCCUCUCCCAUUUCCCCCCUUUCCUCUUCUCUUCUCUCCUCCCUUCCUCUUCCCUCCCCUCCCCUCUUUCUUCCUGUGACAUUUCAUGUGUUAUUAGGGUUAUUAAUGGUCAGAGCCUGGUCCUGGUAGUCCCAAUAAUUCAGAUAUGGUUGCCCAUCCUUAAUGAGCCAAUGAAACAAAUAAGUAAUAGUAAGAAAAAAAAUCAGGAAAAAAGGAGAUCACUUCAAUGUGGCCACAAUGGGAAGCAAUACAGAAAGAUCCAAUGACCCCCGUCCUCAAGUCCAUCUUCUUGGUCCUCACAGGAGGGUAAGGUUUAGAUGGAGAAGAUGUAUACAUAAUUAAGCAGCCCUGGUCAAAGGGCAGCCCUGGCCAUUGUGACAUACCCUCACUAUCUCAGCUUCAGCCUGGCUUAGAAGAUGGUGCAAUAGAUUGUCUGCAUGAGCUCUCUUCUGUCUGGCCCCAGGUGUCAGCCUUUUAUUUCCUAGACAGAGAUUCCCAGGGAACUCCAGUUGCCUUGGGCAUCUUGUUUCCACAGGCCAGAUAGCCAGUGAGACACGGGCCUUUCUUAGAAUGUUCUUGUUCCUUCCAGCCAUGCUAAUUACACACUUUCAUCCAUGGAUGAUGAUUCAUCACCACAGAAUGCCUUGCUGUUUUGUUUCUGCCUCCUCCUGCUCUGACCAUCUUUCUCUUGGUAUUUACAUUUUGACACUUCAAGUCCACCCAUCUUCCCAUCUGAAACCUCACCUUUGCCUACAUCAAGUAUAUCCUUGAAGGUAUGAAGGAACUCAUCUUUCAUGGUACAGUUUGGCUUUGACUGCAUCCAUUUGAUUCUUAGUUUUAAAUUCCCAUCUGUUCAUACAAAAGUAACAUUUUAACACACCAAAUGAGAGAUAUUUUAGAGUUAGUGUGUCCUGACUCUACACCUGUGUCAUUUUUGAGUCUGAUUUUUUGGUUUACUCUGCAUUUUGACAAUGGAUUGGGAUUGGGGUUUUCUUCUUCUUUUUUUUUUUAAAGCUAUCUAUCUAUCUAUCUAUCUAUCUAUCUAUCUAUCUAUCUAUCUAUCAUCUCUCUUUUUUUGCAUGCUUCACACUCUGAUUGGAAUAAACAUUGAAAACAACACAGAGAGUCUCAUCUCUCUCGGCAGCUUUUUUGUCGGUUGUCCCUGUGUGGGUGGGACUCUGACAAGGGCCUUUGGGUGGGUGUUACAGUGGUUACCUCAGAUUGCUUUGAUGGGCCCCUGGAGGCUUGGGCUUGGGUGCUGGGGAGCUCAGUGAUGUUGUCCCACACUAGCGUCCUGUAUAGGUGUCCUGUAUUAGAUGCCUGGUCACUAACUCUGUCCCUGACCCCUGUCUUCCUGGGGACGCUGACUUACUUACUGAGAUUCUGGUGAGGCCUUCCGGGUUUCACACCAAUGCACCUUUCACACUUUCUGCUCAUGCUGGGCAGGCAGAGUCUCUGAGUGUUUGGUGCUGUAGUGAGGUAGAAAGUGCCAGCCCUGCCUGCUCUGACAGUACUUUGGGAUUCAUAGGAUUUUGGGUCCAGGCCUGUUUUCUACCCCAACCCACAGAACGACUUGAUUUUCUUCCAUUUUUCCCAAUGUAAGUCUCAGGAAGUGGGCCCUGGGAUAGCUGCUUCAGCUCACUCCUCAUACCUCCUUGGUUCAGCAGGGAAAAGGGCUCUCCCCGAGGAAUGGCAGCUGUCCCGAACACAGUUGUGAAUUUUCAAGGAAAGAGCUUCAGAAGCAUAUGCAGGGACUAGGAAGAUGGCUCAGCAGUUAAAAGAGCUGGCUGCUCUUUCAGAGGACCCAGGCUGGAUUCCCAGCACCCACACGGUGGCUUACAACCUUCUGUAACCCCAGUUCCAGAGGCUCAGACACUCUCUUCUUGCCUCCACAGGCAAUGUAUUUAUGUGGUACACAGACAUGUAAGCAGAACACCCAUAUACAUAAAAUAAAAGUAAGUCUUUUAUUUAAAAAAAGUAUAUAGACACUUGGGAGGCAGAGGAGGCAGAUCUUUGUGAGUUCAAGGUCAGCCUGGUGUAUGUAGUGAGCUCUAGUCUAGCCAAGGCAACCUGUCUCAAUCCCCUAUCCUGAAAAGUAUGUGGGGAUGAAAGAGAGCACAAGCUUUAUGGAAAGCGAUUUAUUUCACUCAAAGGAUACAGAGAGACACCAGGAGUCAGGGCAUCCCUGGUGAUUGGGCAGGAGCAGGCAGAAACUGGAUUAUUCUUCUGCACUGGCUCUCCACAAUUCCAGAACACGCUUCGCACCUGCCUCAUAGAGUACAAGAGUUGGGAGGGGACAGCUGUGUCCCAUCUGGCAGUGGCUGGCUUGGAGACACUGCUCAGCAGCAGGAGGAGGUGCCACAGGUGACAGGCCUGCAGACCAGGGUGGGGCAGGAGGGCCGGCAGCACCCGGAUGACUGGCAAGAGGAGGUCACACAGACAGGCCUGCAGCUCACAGGCAAACACACAGAGGACUGGCACGAGGGGGCCAUGCACACAGUGGGCCUGCAGCUCACGGGCACACAGCAGGUCACCUGGCAUCUCACGGGGACGCAUAUGCCAGGCCUGCAGCUCAGAGGCACACAGGCUGGCUGGCAGGGGCUGGACACACAGCAGGCUGGCUGGCAGCCUGAGGAACAGCUGGUGUGGCACAUGGUGGCAGGUGCUGACUGGUCUGGAGGAGGGUAGGAAUGCCUGGCAUUCCUUUUGGGGGUGGCUUUUAUACCCAGCUCUAUGUCCCAACUACCCAGAAUGCAUCUGGUCUUCCCUGUGUUGUUUCCAUCACUGGUUCCUCGGCGACUUGUUAUUCUGGGGUGCAUCUUCCUGAGUUAUGGUCUCCAUAGACAACUUUGGCUUGAGGCCAACUUCUCCUUUCAUAAACAGGAUACUCAGGCUUGACUCACAUGCAUUUUGUACUGCUGUUGCUCAGGCCACCACUGAGUCCAUAGUGACACUGGCUGGAUUGAGUGUAGGAUCCUGUUCUUUCCCACCUCGUUCUGUCAAUGAAGGCUUUGCGGUAAUACUGUAUUUCAUCAUUGUUAUUUAUUUUGAAUUUUUGUUGUAAAAGGCAAAACUGUUAACACAGAAGCUGAGAAACUAGGAUCUAUGGGCUAAAUUCGGCAUGCUUCCUGUCCCUGUAAAUAAAGUUUUAUUGACAAGCACAUGCCUGUGUGCAUAUGUGUUGCCAGCUGUUAUGCUCAGAUCAUGCUGGCAGGGCCCGAGUGGUUACAGAAAGUUUACAUUUGUCAUCACCCCUUAACCCAAAAUUAGCUGUUUCGGUUUCUCUUCUACUGCUGUGGUUAAAAACACUUGACAGAAGCGACUUAAGGGAGAAAGGAUUUGUUUUGGUGGGCAAGUGAGCAAGAGCUUGAAGCGGCUGGUCUGGGAAAGCAGAGAUGAAAGCCGCCGCCACCACCCAGCUUCUUUCUUCACUUACACAGCCCAGGGAGUGGCAUCUCCUACUGUGGACUGGCCUUUUACUUCAAUUAACGUAAUUGAGACAGUCCCUAGAAGGCAUGCUCAGAGGCUGGUCAUGAGUCUCGACUCUAUGCUUGACUGUCUAACUACUACAUCAACCCUAUUGUGCAGUGACUGAUUGCAGGGAUUCGUUUGUUCCUUCAGCAAAUACAGCUGUGUGCUUGCAGAAAGCCUGGAGAGCUUUCCAGCAGCGUUAAUGAGGGACUUCCUGCCCUAUUUUCCUUGUACUGUAGCCCCACAACUGUUGCCAGGCCCAGGGCUGCGGAAGCUGUUGCUGCUUCCUAGACCCUGUGUGGUCCUGCUGUCCAGGUCUAUAUGUACUAGGCUCCCUUCUGUGGGCCUAGCCCCUGUGUGCUGGUUGAUCUUACGUCAACUAGACACAUGAACUAGAGUCAUCUGAAAGGAGGGACCCUCAGUUGAGGAGAAUCCUCUAUGAGGGCCGGAUAUAAUGCAUUUUCUUAAUCAAUGAUUGAUGUGGGAAGUCCAGCCCAUCAUGGGUGGUAGCAUCCUUGGACUGUUGGUCUUGGGUUCUGUGAGAAGGCAGGCUGAGCAAGCCAUGGGGAGUAAGCCAUAAGGAGCACCCCUCCAUGGCCUCUAUGUCAGACUCCUACCUCCCAGAUGCUACCCUGUUUGAGUUCCUGGCCUGACUUCCUUCCACAGUGAGCAGCAACAUGGAAGUGUAAGCCAU